AACGCUUUGCCCAAGUGUUCUUCUUCUUCAUCAUUCCUCCAAUUAAAAUCAAAACCCUUUAAAAUCUCAUUGCCCUCUCCAAUUCCAAUUCCAAUUCGAAUUCCAUUUUGUUGAUCCGCCAUGGUUGUUCUGUCACAGCCAGCAUUGGAGUUGGACCACAAUUCCCUUCUACGAACAUGCAGAGCCACCGCCUCCUCCGCCGAUAUUCCCGAAAUCGACCUCUCCCACGCCGACGCCAAGUCCCGCAUCGUCAAGGCCUUCGAAGAAUUCGGAUUCUGUAAGCUCAUCAACCACACAAUUCCCAUGGACUCCAUUACUAAACUGGAACAGGAAGCUCUCUGUUUCUUCAAACUUCCCCAAUCGGAGAAAGAAAAAUCUCUCCCCCCCGACCCUUUAGGCUACGGCAGCAAAAACAUCGGCCCCAAUGGCGACGAGGGCUGGAUUGAAUACUUCCUCCUCAACGCCAAUCCUCUCCCCAUUCCCUCCGGCAACCAUCAAUCUCUGCUCGCCGCCGUAAACGAGUACGUCCCGGCGGUGAAGAAAUUGGGGAGUGAAAUCGUGGAGCUGAUAACUGAAGGAUUGAAUGUGAAGGCAAGAAACGCGGUGAGCAGGCUUCUGAACGACGAGAAGAGCGACUCGUGUUUCAGAGUGAACCACUAUCCGCCGUGGCCGGAGGAGGGAGCAGCCAUGGGCGCGCGGAACUUGCUCGGUUUCGGGGAGCACACGGACCCACACAUAAUAUCGCUGCUGAGAUCGAACAACUCGGCGGGGCUGCAAAUCCGGCUGCGAGACGGCGCGUGGGUGGCAGUGCCGGCGGACGAGGCGGCGUUCUUCGUGAACGUGGGCGACGCGCUGCAGGUGAUGAGCAACGGGAGGUUCAGGAGCGUGGUGCACAAGGUGGUGGCGGGGGCGGCCAAGGAGAGGGUUUCGAUGAUUUAUUUCGCCGGGCCGCCGCCGAGUGAGAGGAUCGCGCCGCUGCCGGAGGUUUUGGGGGACGGGGAAGAAAGCUUGUACAAGGAAUUCACGUGGUGGGAAUACAAAACGGCGGCGUAUAAGACCAGAUUGGCUGAUUACAGGCUGGGUUUGUUUGAGAAGUGAACAUUUACUGCAGGUUUUGGGUUUUGACCCUACACUUAAAUCCCCUUCUUCCUUCUAUAAAUGAAUCGAAAACUUUUUAUUUUA